AUGGCGACUCGGCAGAGGGGCGGAGACUAUAAAGGAUUAGUCCUGUUCUCCAUCCUCCUGGGAACCUGGUGGGAAGCCUGGGCAGGACAAAUUCUCUACUCCGUGUCUGAAGAGUCAGACAAAGGGUCUUUUGUGGGGAACAUCUCCAAGGACCUGGGACUGGCGCCCCAGGAGCUGGCAGAGCGCAAAGUCCGCAUCGUCAAUAAAGGUAGGGUGCAGCUCUUUGAUCUGAACCCGAGAAGCGGCAGCUUGGUCACUGCGGGCAGGAUAGACAGGGAGGAGCUAUGCGCUCAGAGCGCGCGGUGUGUGGUGACCUUUAACAUCUUGAUGGAAGAUAAAAUGAGUCUUUACCCUAUAGAAGUGGAAAUAAUGGAUCUUAAUGACAACACACCUAGAUUCUUGACAGAAGAAAUAAACGUAAAAAUAAUGGAAAAUACAGCUCCUGGGAUGCGGUUUCCGCUAAACGAGGCAGUAGAUCUAGAUGUGGGCACGAACUCCCUCCAGAGAUACCAGCUCAGCCCCAAUCGCCACUUCUCCCUGGUUGUGCAAAGUGGAGACGAUGGAACUAAGUACCCGGAACUGGUGCUGGAGAAGGUUCUGGACCGGGAGCAAGAGGUGAUACACCAUCUGGUCCUCACAGCCUACGAUGGCGGGAACCCACCCUUAUCUGGCACUGCUAACAUUCAGGUGACAGUGGUGGAUGUCAAUGAUCACACACCAGUCUUCUCUCUGUCCCAGUAUCAGGUAACUGUCCCUGAAAAUGUGCCAGUAGGCACAAGACUUCUUACAGUAAAUGCUAUCGAUCCAGAUGAGGGAUUCAACGGGGAAGUGACGUAUUCUUUUCGGAAAAUAACGCCAAAACUUCUACAAAUAUUCCACCUGAGUUCCCUUACAGGAGAAUUGACCAUUUUAAAAGGUCUGGAUUAUGAAGAAUCCAGCUUCUAUGAAAUGGAAGUUCAGGCUCAGGAUGGUCCUGGUAGUCUGACAAAGGCAAGAGUACUGAUCACAGUUUUAGAUGUGAACGACAAUGCCCCAGAAGUGACUGUAACAUCUGUAAGCAGCCCAAUUCCUGAAGACACACUUCCUGGAACAGUUAUUGCUCUUUUCUACCUCCAAGACAGAGACUCAGGGAAGAAUGGUGAGGUAACCUGCGCUCUCCCAGAAUAUCUGCCCUUCAAAUUAGAAAGGUCAAUAGAUAAUUAUUACAGAUUGAUUACAGAUAAAACCCUGGACAGGGAAAAGCUCUCUGUGUACAACAUCACACUGAAAGCCAUGGAUGGUGGAACCCCUCCCCUGUCAACGGAAACGCAAAUAUCUGUGCAAGUGGAAGACACCAAUGACAACCCACCCACCUUCCCCCACUCCUCUUACUCCAUCUGCCUCCCUGAGAACAACCCCAGAGGCACCUCCAUCUUCUCAGUGACUGCCCAUGACCCUGAUAGUGACAAGAAUGCUCAGGUCACUUAUUCCUUGGAUGAAGACACCAUCCAGGGGGAGCCAGUGUCUUCCUAUUUCUCUAUCAACUCUGACACUGGUGUCCUAUAUGCGCUUCGAUCUUUUGACUAUGAGCAGUUUCGUAACCUACAACUGAGAGUGACUGCACGUGACAGUGGGAACCCUCCUCUUAGCAGCAAUGUGUCACUGAGCCUGUUUGUGCUGGACCAGAAUGACAAUGUACCUGAAAUCCUAUACCCCACCCUUCCUACGGAUGGCUCCACUGGUGUGGAACUGACACCCCGCUCAGCAGAACCUGGAUACUUAGUAACCAAGGUGGUGGCAGUAGACAAAGACUCAGGACAGAAUGCCUGGCUGUCCUACCGCCUGCUCAAGGCCAGUGAGCCAGGACUUUUCUCCGUGGGGCUACACACGGGCGAAGUGCGCACAGCAAGGGUCCUGCUGGACAGAGAUGUGCUGAAGCAGAGCCUCGUGGUGGCUGUGCAGGACCAUGGCCAGCCUCCUCUCUCGUCCACUGUCACACUCACCAUUGCUGUGGCAGACAGCAUCCCUGAUGUCCUAGCAGACCUGAGCAACAUCAGGACCCCCAUUCACACUGAUAAUUCAGACCUCACACUCUACCUGGUUGUGGCAGUGGCCGUGGUCUCCUGUGUGUUCCUUGUCUUUGUUAUAGUGCUGCUGGCGCUCAAAAUGAGGCACUGGCACAAGACACACCUGCUCCAGGCUGCAGGAGGUGGGAUGGAGGAUAUACCUGCCUCACACUUUGUGGGUGUGGACGGGGUGCGCGCUUUCCUGCAGACCUAUUCCCAUGAGGUGUCCCUCACCGCGGAUUCUCGGAAGAGCCACAUCAUCUUCCCCCAGCCCAACUAUGUGGAUACUCUCAUCAGCCAGGAGAGCUGUGAGAAAAAUGACUCUUUGUUAACAUCCUUAGAUUUUCAUGAGUGUAAGGAUGAGGUCCCAAGCAUUCAGGCUGCAGUUUCCCAGUGCGGACUCUGGGCGCCGCUGUUGGCCAAAGUAGAGAGCUUGGCGCUCGCGAUCUUCUCGCGCAGCCGCAGCGCGCUUGCCUGGGCAGCCCUAUCCGACCUGCCAGCGCCAGCCUUUCCACCGCUUCUUCCUGGGAAAAAGAAUCUUUUCAUGGACCGGAACUGGAACUAA